GCGGCUGAAUUUGAGAGUGUAGUUCUCCUAACGCUCCACAGGGAGGCGUUUGGUGAUCAUGAAACUGACAGUUGAGAGAGAAGCCUCUUGUGUGCUCGUUCUUUACUUUAUCUUGUAAUAUGYAUUAUUAUUUUACCAACCUGACCUACGUAUCUGCUUACAUGGUCUAAUGUGAAAAAAUGGGGAAAGCUUUCUUGCUGACCUUUUUCAGGUUAUUCUACCUCUACAUUCUACCUCUACUCUGCCUCUACAUUCUUUCCAAUCAUUUCCCAGUUUGUACCCUGGUCUUUGGUGGAAGUAGACCUCUUUGUAAGAUUUGACAGCUAUUUUGUGAGCUUGUUAUUGGCCUGAAACAAUGUUGCCCCCAGCCUGGCUUAGGAUGUGAUGAGAUUUAACACACUAUCAGGUUUGGAAUGGGUCCCAGCUGGGUUUGGAAUUGGUCCAUUGGUCACUACUCUGGCCCGGAAUGUUCACUCUCUUUUGCCUUUUGUACAGGUGGGCAGUAAAUGUACAUUGUCAAUUUUGUAAUUGAUGUGUAAAAUCCCAGAUGUCAGUUGCAUUAAGCUCCUGCAUCCACUUUAAGACCCCCCCUCGGUUUUACUCUCUCUGCCUCUUUCUCUCUCUCUACCUCUCUUUUACUCCAUCUACCUAUUUCUCUCUCUACCUCUCUUURUCUCGCUCUACCUCUUUCCAGCUCAUUGACCAUGUUUUGUGGUGAGGAGAACACACCACUUACUACUAAUGUAAUUUCCAUCCAGCUGUUAAUGGUUAAGUGCCAUGUUCGUUUUGCUUCAGUAAGACUUUGUGCUCUAUACAAUUGAACUGAGUUAGCAGCCUUUAUUGCCAGGUUCUAGAUCUGUAUAUGCUUUAGCCAACUCUUCUGACUGUCAGACUAAUAACACGACAGAGAGGAGUUGGCUAAUAAAGCAUAAACAGAUCUAGAGCCAGGCUACAGUAUUUACAUAGUAGCAUUGAAUUAUACUUUUCUUCCAAAAGUCAAAUGACGUUGCAGAAUGUGGGUAUGAAAUAAAACCGGGUACCUCACAGGUAGAAAUAAGAUGGCUUUUCAUCAAAGUAAKCGUGUGGACAUGGACGGAAGGCGUAUGAACAAUCGCUAGGGCUAUUGUUUGCUCAAAUCCUAGUGAGUGGUGAGUUCCAUCCCAUUCCUCCCAGGACACAGCUAGUCCACUCACCCCCGAGAAUGUGUCACAGACUGGGGUCUGAAUCCCCUCCCUGCCCCCUGGUUGUGUUUUUAGACGGGAGGAAUUCACAGACCACUGAUUGCUCUGCCUGAUUGAAGGUCGCCACUGGUUUAGUGUGAUGCAACUAAUUACAGAAGAGGGCGAUGGUUAUUUGAGAACCUUUUAAACCUUUUGAAGUAUUUGGUUGCGUUUYUCUGUUCUUGAAUGGACAGAUUGUGGUAUGUUUAGGCUGUCAAUGGUAUUUCUUACCAUGGAUUAUUAGGAAUUAUUUCAGAAUGAGAGAUUGCGUUCACUGUAUUAGCGUAAUUUAACGAAGGCCUACAUUUYUUUUUGCAAAUGAGACCCCUUUUCUGUGUUGCAAGACUAGUCGCAUGUCCCUUCAGGUAUCAUACAUUGUUAUUUUCAGCAGUAAAACCAGGAAUGGUUCAUGAAUACCACAAGUAUGUUUUCAAAGCCAUGUGAUGCGGUCAAUCAGUUCUUUCUUUCUUUCUUUAAUAUGCUUAGUGGAUGUGAACAUGGUCUAGUUUCUUUGACUCAAAAAUCUUAUUGAAUCUGUUCCCACAGUCCCCCUCUGUCUUCUCACAGAUAAUUGAAUUAGGACAUCUGGCCUGUUUCUUCUCCAGCCAUCUGAGCUUUUGCAGCAACACACCGUGUUAUGUAAUUAUGGUGGUAGGUUAUUCACUGUAGGUGAUAGUUCAGUCUUUGGUGCUAACCUGUCAUUACCAACAACUGUACAGGAAAGUUACAAGGAAAAACGUUACAAUUUGAGAUUCAAUGGAUAGCUCCAAUAACAGGGUAAUAAAUGGUGGUACAUACUUUUAAAUUCCGCUUGGUGGAGGGAAACUCACUGUUCAAGGCUCUCUUUACCUAAUUUCCCUCCAGUACAGUAAAUUUGUAGAAUAGCUUCAGUACCUAGAUGUACCCCCUGGUUUACCUGUGCCUAGGGACAUAGGGUAGCUUCCUGCCUUGGUGGAGAAACGUCCUUUGUUCUAGAUGAGUAGGUAUAGAUGGGGGUUAGUAUCUAAGAGAGAACCAUUUCACAAUCCCAUGAAAUGUGUGUGUGUGUGUUUUGAAAGUUCUCUCAAUGUGUGCAGAGUGAGAUGCUGUCAGCAUAAUCCUUCCGCUACAAAUAAUCUGCCACAUUUUAGAUAACCCGAGGCUAGGCCUAAUGAUUUAACUCCUAUGUAAUUCGUAGUUAAACAUAUUUUACAAGUUGAUGAGCACUUGGAGUUUGGUGGUUUUUACUUUAUUGACUGAACUGGGAUUAUUGAAUAGGGGGAGGGCUAGUUACUGUGCGCAUGCUUGAGGCAGAGGGGAAGAAAAAAACUCAGUUUGUUCAGUCGCGACAAGAAAAAAGGAGGGGCGCAAAACUAUACUAUAAGGAACCACACACAGUCCCACUGAGAGGACCGCAACAGAAGAGGUGGAAAUAUCAACAAAAAUGUUUAUAUUUCAGAUUGCGACCAUGCUAUCCGCAGGGGCGUGCGUCCUUGCCCAGGUAGGCAUACCCGAGUUCAGCGAUGUAUGCACGGAGGGGAGCUGCUACCCGGCAACCGGAGACCUUCUCAUUGGCAGAGCACACCAACUCUCCACCAACUCCACAUGUGGCCUUCACCGGCCCGAGACGUUCUGUAUCGUCAGUCAUUUACAGGAUGAGAAGAAAUGCUUUUCGUGUGACUCCACCGACGUCUACGUCAAAAGCGUGGUGAACACCACCACCGGGCACCGGGUGGAGAACGUCGUGACCACAUUCGCCCCCAACCGCUUGAAAACCUGGUGGCAGUCAGAGAAUGGUCUUGAGAAAGUGACCAUCCAGCUGAACUUGGAGGCGGAGUUUCAUUUCACCCACCUCAUCAUGACCUUCAAGACCUUCCGGCCUGCUGCUAUGGUGAUCGAGCGCUCGGCUGACUUUGGGAAGAAAUGGCAGGUUUACCGCUACUUUGCAUACGACUGUGCGGCGGCAUACCCUGCCAUAUCCCCGGGGCCCAUGCAGAAAGUGGAUGACAUCAUCUGCGAUUCGCAUUACUCCGACAUAGAGCCGUCAACAGAGGGAGAGGUCAUUUUCCGGGUUUUGGAUCCAGCUUUCCGUAUUGAAGAUCCCUACAGCCCCAGAAUCCAAAACAUGUUGAAGAUCACCAACCUGAGGGUGAAGUUCACCAAGCUGCACACCCUGGGAGACAACCUGCUGGACUCCCGCAUGGAGAUCAAGGAGAAGUACUACUACGCUGUCUACGACAUGGUGGUCCGGGGUAACUGCUUCUGCUACGGGCARGCCUCCGAGUGCGCCCCCGUCGACGGGGCUGGGGCUGGGGAUGGAGUGGAGGGCAUGGUCCAUGGCCACUGUAUGUGCAACCACAACACCAUGGGGCUAAACUGUGAGAAGUGUCAGGACUUCUACCACGAGCUGCCCUGGAGACCAGCCAAGGGACGCAACACCAACGCCUGUAAAAAGUGUAACUGUAACCAGCACUCAGGCUCGUGUCACUUCGACAUGGCAGUUUACGUCUCUACGGGUAAUGUGAGCGGCGGCGUGUGUGACGAGUGCCAGCACAACACCAUGGGUCACAACUGUGAACAGUGCAAGCCUUUCUACUACCAGCACCCAGAGAGGGACAUCCGCGACCCCAGCAUCUGUGAACCAUGUAACUGUGAUCCGGUGGGCUCCCUGAACGGCGGGAUCUGUGACAGGAUGACUGAUGUGUCGUCUGGACUGAUCACUGGCCAGUGUCGCUGCAAACCCAAUGUGGAGGGAGAGCGCUGUGACCAGUGCCAGCAGGCCCACUAUGGCCUGGGUGACCACCCUCUGGGCUGCCUGGCCUGCACCUGUAAUACCCUGGGGACAGUUCCUGGAGGGAGUCCGUGUCAUACAGACUCAGGAGAUUGUUUCUGCAAAAGCCUGGUCACAGGGAGAGACUGUGACCAGUGUAUGCCUCAGCACUGGGGGCUCAGCAAUGAUAUGGAUGGCUGCAGACCAUGUGACUGUGACCUGGGUGGAGCCCUCAAUAACGACUGUUCUCAGGAGACUGGCCAGUGUGCGUGUAGAGAACACAUGUUUGGCCGGCGCUGUGACCAGGUGGAGUCAGGCUUCUACUUCAUCGCCCUGGACCACUACACCUACGAGGCCGAGGACGCCAAGUUUGGACCUGGUUUGACAGUAGUGCAGAGACCUCGCCCGCAGGACCGUAGCCCCACCUGGACAGGGAUAGGUUUUGUCAACGUUCCCGAGGGGGCCUACCUGGAGUUCUCUAUUGACAACAUCCCUCACUCCAUGGAGUACGACGUCCUCAUCCGCUACGAGCCUCAGUUACCGGACCAGUGGGAGGAGGUGUUGAUGACGGUGAUGCGGCCCAGUUUGAUUUCAGCAGACAGUCGCUGUGCCAACAACAUGCCUGAUGACGACAACCAGAUGAUAUCCCUUCACCCCGGAUCACGAUACGUGGUGCUCCCCAGACCAGUGUGUUUCGAGGCAGGGAUGAACUACACUGUUCGUCUGAGCCUGCCCCUCUACUCUGCACUCAGUGACGUCCAGUCCCCAUAUACACUUAUCGACUCGAUUGUGCUAAUGCCCCACUGUAAGAACCUGGAGAUGUUCACUGGUUCUGUGGGAGGUGACGUGGCCACCAACAGUGCCUGGGACACGUUCCAGCGUUACCGCUGUCUYGAGAACAGCCAGAGCGUAGUGAAGACCCCGUCCACAGACAUCUGCCGUAACUUCAUCUUCAGCGUAUCUGCUCUGCUGCACCAGGGAGCUAAAGCAUGCCAGUGUGACCCGCAGGGCGCCCUCAGCACGGUGUGUGCUGCCAGCGGCGGGCAGUGCCAGUGUCGCCCCAACGUGGUAGGCAGGAACUGUGACAAGUGUGCCCCUGCCACCUACCUGUUUGGACCCAGCGGCUGCAGACCCUGUGAUUGRAAUCCCCAGGGAUCGGAGGAUGCGUUCUGCCACGAGGCCACAGGCCAGUGUGUGUGUAUCRCCGGGGCAUACAGCCGUCAGUGUGACCGCUGUCUGCCGGGUCACUGGGGCUUCCCCAACUGUCGCCUCUGCACCUGCAACGGCCACACAGAGCAGUGCGACCCCUACUCCGGAAAAUGCCUGGGCUGCCGAGAACAGACCACCGGACACAACUGCGAGAGGUGUCUGGAUGGUUACUAUGGCGACCCCGUCCUGGGUUCAGGGGACCAUUGUCGGCUCUGUAUGUGUCCGGAUGGGCCCGGAAGRGGGCGACAGUUUGCCGGUGGAUGUUACCGCGGUCUGGACUCCCCUUACCAGGUGUUCUGUAUCUGCAGCCCCGGGUACAGAGGUGCCAGAUGUGAGGAGUGUGCCCCAGGUUACUAUGGAAACCCCCAUGAGAACGGCGGGCAGUGCCAACCCUGCCAGUGCAACAACAACAUUGACAUGCUGGACCAGGAGUCCUGUGAUGCCAGGACGGGUGAAUGUCUCAAAUGUCUCUAUCACACCGAGGGUCAGGGCUGCCACAGCUGCAAGCUGGGUUACUAUGGAGAUGCCCUCACACAAAACUGCAGAAAGUGUGUUUGUAACCACCUGGGCACCAAUCCAGCCACGUGCCCAGUGGUGGGUGACUGCCACUGUAAUCUGGGCAGCGGGCAGUGCCAGUGUCUACCGAAUGUGGUGGGUCAGCACUGUGACCAGUGUGCCCCUGACACCUGGAACAUGGCCAGCAAGACGGGCUGCGACGCCUGCGACUGUGACCCCAACCACUCAUUUGGGACUUCCUGCAAUGAGCUGAGUGGCCAAUGCUCCUGUAAGCCUGGCUUUGGGGGUAAAACGUGUCGGGAGUGCAGAGAGCUGUUCUGGGGAGAACCUGAAGUGAAAUGCAACGCAUGUGACUGUGACCCGCGAGGCAUUGCCGAGCAGCAGUGCCACAAGGCCAACGGUCACUGCGUGUGCGUGGAGGGCGUGUCUGGUCCCCGCUGUGACGUCUGCACCCGUGGCUACUCUGGCACCUUCCCCUACUGCGAACGCUGCCACCAGUGCUURGCCGACUGGGACCUGGUCGUGGGUCAGCUGACCAAUCAGACCCACAGGCUGGUCAACAAGGUGAACACCAUCAAGGCCAGCGGCAUCACCGGACCCUAUAAACACACCAUAGAUAACAUGGAGCAGAGCGCCGGGGCCAUAAGAACUAUCCUGGCCCAGAACCCGGCUACCCAGCCACUGUCAGAGAUACAGCAGCUACUGGAGCAGGCCACAGAUCUAAUGGAAAAGAUGAGCAACAAGCUGAACCUCACUGAGGAGGCGCUGGCCCAGGUAUCAUCUGAUGACAACAGCACCAACACCAAACUGGACUCACUCAAAGAGGACACCCAGAAGCUGGAUCGCACUGUCAAGGAUCUGCUGGACCAAGUGGAGUUCAUCAAGAACACUGACAUUCGGGGAGCGACAGACAGUGUCACCAAGUACUACCAGCAGUCUCUGGCUGCAGAUGCUCGCGCCAACGCCUCCACUAGUGGCCCAGGCAACCCUGUGGAGAGCUCUGCCAUUUUACGGCUAGCCACAGAGGACAAGAUGAACGACACCAGGGAGGAGUUCCACAGGAGGCAGGAAGAACACGCCAAGAGACUGGACGACCUGGCAGGACAACUGGAGACACUGGACUUAUCAGAACUCAGCGUGAAGACGUGUGGCAGCCCAGCUGAUGGGGCGUGUGGGGACUCUCCGUGCGGGGGGCUGAGCUGUGUGGACUCCGAGGGGAACAGGAGGUGCGGUGGCGAGGGGUGRGACGGUCUGGUCACCCUGGCCAAUAACGCCUGGCAGAAGGCCAAGGACUUUGACCAGGAGAUCCUCACGGCCAUGGAGGAAGUGGACAAGCUCGCCAAAAUGGUGUCGGAGGCCAAGGUGAAGGCGGAUGAGGCUAAGCUGAGUGCCCAGAACGUGCUGCUGAAGACCAACGGUACCAAGCAGCGUGUGGACCAGAGCAACGAGGAGCUGCGCAGCCUCAUCCGACAGAUCAGAGACUUCCUCACACAGGAUGCAGCGGACCUGGAGAGCAUUGAGGCAGUGGCCAACGAGGUGCUGGCCAUGCAGAUGCCCACCACACCAGCCCAGCUCCAAACCCUGACAGACGAGAUCAAGAAGAGAGUAGGAGACCUAGCCCACGUGGAGACCAUCCUUAACCAGAGCUCCGACGACAUCCAGAGAGCCGAGAGCCUACUGGAGCAGGCACGCAGAGUCAGUAAAGAGGCGACAAACGUGAGAGACACAGCAGAGAUGGUGAAGCAGGUUCUGGAGGAGGCUGAGCGUGCACAGAGCGCAGCGGCCAAGGCCAUCAAACAGGCCACCACCGACAUCAAAGGCACCAAUGACCUCCUGACCUCAGUGGAGUCGGAGACAGCGGACUCGGAGUACAAGCUGAACAAUGCCACCCAGAGGCUGCUGCGGUUAGAGCGAGACGUCACGCUGCUCAGAGAGAAGACACUGAACACCUCACUCAGCUCUGAACAAACUGAAAAAGACACAGAGAGCAUCAACAAAGUGGCUGAGCAGGUCAAAAAGGACCUGGKCURGGAGCUGAAGGAUAAGUACAGCACCGUGGAGGACCUGAUCACACAGAAGGCCGGGGGCGUGGCCAACGCCAAGAAGAGGGCGGAGCUUCUACAGCAGGAAGCCAAAGACCUGCUGCUACAGGCCAGCGACAAGCUGCAGCUACUGAAAGAUUUAGAGAAGUCGUAUGAGGACAACCAGAAGACUUUGGAACACAAGGCCAAUCAGUUGGUGGAUCUGGAGAAGUCCAUCAAAGAGCUUCUGCAGGAGAUCAGUCACAAAGUCACUGUCUACAGUACCUGUCUGUUUUAAACACAACCCCCAGUCUGGGGUUUUGGUCCCCCAAGCCAAAAUGAAUGGCAAUCAAGGAUAUGGGAAUUUGAAACCAGAAGCCAUUUAUUGAAACCAGAAGCCAUUUAAAGACAUGCUCUGGAACUUUAGCGACUACUUAGUAUUUUUUAAACCUCCCUCUUUGGG